UACUACGACUAUAUAUAUAGUUAUAUACUGUAUAUAUAUAACGAUAGCUGUGUACUGCGCUCUCUGCCUAUAUAUAACACGGUACAGUGGCGACUAGUGGCGUGCCGUAUUACGCGCGCCGAGUCUCUCUCUCACACGCACAUACACACACACACACAUACAUAAAGAUUCGCGCAGCGGAGUCCGAGUUUGCUGCGUUCGCGUGUGUGUGUGUGUGAGUAGUCGUCGUCGUCGUCGUCCGUGUGAUUAUUACUACUUACCGCGAGUGCAUAUGUAGCCGUGCAGCAGCAGCGCAGAUUCUGUGUAGUGCACGACCGACUGGAUUAUAUUGUGCAGAGAUCGCACGAGUGGCGGCGGUGCAGACUACUCUACGGCGGCGGCGUACCAGCGGCCGCGACGCUCAGCAGGACUGCACACAGCCUCUGUGUGCGUUUGUAUAGGUGCGCGUUUUCAUGUGUGAGUGUCGCGAGUACAGCAGCAGCUUGGUGCUGCCUCGAGUAUAAGAGUGAGAGAGAGAGAGAAGCGAGUGCAAGGGCUGCGCCCGUCAUCGCGCGGCGCUCCCUAUGUGUAUGCCGUAUACGUGUGUUGUAUACAUGCUGGAAUGAUGAUGCCUGCUGCUUCUGGCCUUUACGCCUAAAAACGCAGCAGUCAACGCUCCGAUCGUUUUGUAUACAAGAGGAGUCUGACAUCAAAACACAACAAGCCGCGGUAUAACGUCAAAGUAGUUUCCUUGCGGUAAAUCUCGUCUUUGAGCGACGAUCAGCAGCAGCACUUCAUCUUCCGCGAGUGUGUGUGAGUGUCGGUGCGUGUUCGUCGUCGGUGUUGUAUAAGUGUGCUGCUGCGCUGCACUCCUCGGUGUGUGUUUGUGUGCAGUCGAAAGUGCGUGCGAGUGCAGCGCGCGCGCGCCUGCUUGCUUGCCGUCCGCGAGGAGGAGAGCCUUCGGCGCAAAAAAAAGUAUACGUCGUCGUCGUCGCGAGUGCCUAUAUCUAUAUUCCUCGUGUGUUCGUGAAGUGUUAAUACAUACAUAGCGAAAAAUUUCGUCAGUGCGCGUGUGUGUAUGUGUUUGUGACGGCGACUCCGACUCCAACUACAACAACUACUGUGCUGUUGUGCCGUGCCGUGCCGUGCGUGCUCCAAUACUACUACUACUACUACUACCAGCGUAUCAAAUAGCGCAUGUAGCGCACAGAGGCUUAUAUUUGCGCGAAUUGCAUACAGGUAGAUAGUUAGUUAGCAAGUGUGCUCGUUCUUUUGUGUAUAUAUUAAACUCGUGCACGCACCCAAGAAUAUACAUAUAUAAGCCAGGAUAGAGGCCCCAGUGUGCGCUGCGAGUGUGCGAAAAGACGAUAAGGAGGCUGCGGCUUUCUGUUCCUCUCUGCGCCUCUAUAUACACAAGCAGCAUACAUACAUACAGAGGAGGAGGAGGAGGCGAAUAAGAGAGGUCUGCACACCACAUUGCGCGGCUGGUGCACACACACACACACACACACACACACACACACACACACAUAGAGAGCACCAAGCAGCACGGAGAGCUGAGCGACUACACGUACUAGUGGUAUAUAAAGAAUCAUUCAUCGACCGAGCUCUACUUCUUCUCUCCGCGGUAAAAUGGUACCGAGGUAGUGUCGAGCAGCAGCGGUAAUUCCUCCGAAGUCGAUCCAACUUCGAACGAAGCCCAAAAGAAAAAAACUUCAGCUCGCCGAUCUCCCCCUUCGCGACCUCCCGCGCGCGCGUGAGAGAGUGAAGAUGUGAGAGAAGCGCGGCCAACCCCUUCCGCCUGCCCGCUACCCGCCUCCCCCGCAGCUGCAGCUGCUUAGCUCGCGUGCGCGCGCCAUGAAGCCGCAGAAGAAGGCAGCGAUCGGAGGUCGGGCCGCCAAGGCGGCCAGCGCCACCGGGGCUGCCAAGCAGGCGGCCGCCGCUGUGGCUACGGCCCUGGCCACGGCCGCCUCCAGCAAGAAGCAGUCGCAGCGUCGCACGUCCCUGGAGAAGCUCGCAGCGACGGUGCACGAGGCCGCGGCCUCACCGACUCCGGCGGCGCCCCAGAUCGGCGGUGGCCAAGCCAGCAAUAGCAACAGCGCCAGUAGCAACAGCAGCUCGUCGGCCGCGGCGUCGAAGAAGGCCGGCGCCGACAAACGCUCGAAAAAGUCCGACAACAGCAGCGAGCAGCAGCACCAGCCGCCCGAGAAGAAGAUCUACCCGGAGCCGAAGAAGAAGCGCCUGCUCGAUCAUCAGAGCAACAGAGCUGCAGCUCACGAUGUCGGCGGUGAAAAGUCCGUGAACGGCGCGGUGACCGACGUGUCGGUCGUCAUUGACCAUUACAAAUUUGUGGAGGAGCAAAACAGCAACAGCAGCAGUCGAAUGUCCUCGUUGCCGGUGAAGAAACGGCUCAAGGAGGAGCACAAGAAGCGCGAGGGCGCCAAGCAGGCCGCCCACGCCAAGUCCUCCGCCCUCGAGCUCGGACACAAUCCGAAAAUUGCAGCAACUGCCAAAGAUAAAGAUAAUAGUAGCAAGUCGAGCGUCGGUAGCGGCGGUUCCACCGCUUCGAGUGGCUCCGGCAAGGAUGAGUCCAAGCAGACGCAGUCGAAUCACCACCACCAUCAAUCGCAACAGCAGCACCAGCAGGCCUCGCACCAGCGCAAAAAGUCCCCGGACAAGGACAAGGAGCUACAGCAAAACAGCCAAGCUCGCAAGACGGCGGUGACAGCUUCCUCGUCCUCGUCCUCGCCCUCGAGAACGAAGAAGGACACGGCGGCGGCUGCGGCGACGACGAGCUCGGGCAAAGCCAAAGCGACGCCGCCGAAGAAAAGCUCGCCGCCGAAAAAGGCCACGGUUACCGCCACGAAGAAGCAGCUGGCUCAGGCGGCCAAGAAGCAGUCGAAAGCCAAACUAGUCAAGUCCGCCGCAGCCGAGGCUCAGCGUAGUCCAGAUCACGAAGAUGGGGCGACGACGACGGCACCUGCCAACGCGACGAGCAACAGCCAGACGGGCAAGCAGCCGCCGGCUAACAAGAAGAAGCCGUCGCAGGCCUCCAAGAGCAAGAGCAGCGCACCUCCCAAGAAAGCCUACGUGCCGCCUCAGCAGCAGCCGCAAGCGCAGCCACAACCGGCCGAGGAUGGCGCCAAAGACAAGGCGGCCGCUACCAAGCCACCGCCAAAAAUGCCGCUGAAGUUGGCCAAGAAAGAGGCCCAAGCUCAGGCCAAGAGGGAGCAGCAAGAGAAACAGGCGGCCCUCGCGGCCGCGAAACAGAACGGCUGCGUCGAGAAGGAGAAGACUAGUAGCUCGAAGAAGAAAUCCGAGAGCAACGCCGGGGCCGCGAAUGCAGCUGCUGCCGAGGCCAAAAAGCCAUCUUCCAAAGAGGAAAACGGAUCGGUUCUCGCCGACAGCAUCAAGAAGGAGAUCAUCGACGAGAGCAUCGAGCGAGUGGUCAACAACAAGACAUCCACGCCACCGGCUAAAUCAAAAUCCGCCACUGCCAAGAAAGCGCCCAAGAAGCCGACCAAGAAGCAACUGCAACAGCAACAGCAACAACAACAGCAACAACACCAGCAGCAGCAGCAGGAAAUCGAGGCGGAAGCCGCGAAAUCGGACGAGCCCGACGUCAAAGUCAAGCCGAAGGUCGAGGCUGCGUCGAACGGCGCCGAUAACAACAGUACUGCGCGCGGCUCGUCGGACGACAGUCCCGAGGACGACGACGAGAACGACGAGGACUACUCGACCAGUCGUAGGCGCAGCAGCCGAGCCACCACCAACGCCGCCAGCACCAGUAGCAGCAACAACGCGGCGUCGAGGAAGCGCGAGCGCACCCCCUCGGAGGAGCGCGUCGUGACCAAUCGCAUGAAGCUCUUCGGCUUCUGGACCGGGCCCAAGCGGCACAGGGUCGCCUCGCUCAACGCCCUGGCCAAGGUGCACUGCCUCUACGAGAACGAGAACGGCGGCGUCUACCUCGGCGGCUUCUGCAAGCCCAAGCCCGAGAAGGACGCCAACAAGGAAGACGGCAAAAAGGACGCAAAAGACUCGAAGGAUUCAAAGUCCGCGAAAAAGUGCAAGGAGGAGAGCGAGGACGCCAAGGAAGCCAAGGAAACCAAGGACGCGAAGGACGCGAAGGAAACGAAAGAUUUGAAAGAGAGCAAGGAGAAGGAGCCGCCGACGAAGAAGGAUAAUAAAAAGUCGUCGGCGGCGAGCGAGGCGGCUGCUUCCAAGAGAAAAACGCCGCGCCACGCAUCCUCCUCGAAUUCUCGGGGCAAAAAUUACGACGCCUACGACGGCGCUUCAUCCUCGUCGGAGGACGAGAUCGAGCGUCAGCGUCGCGAGCGCGAGAGAGAGCGCAAGAGGCGCGACAGGGAGAGAGCCCGCGAGCGCAAGCUCGCCAAGGCCGAGGAGGAGCAGCAGCGACGCCAAGCCAAGCAGGAAAAGAAGAGCGAGGAGGACGACGACAACGACGCCGAGUCCGAGUCCGAAGAGGAGGACAACAGAGGCAGAAGAGUUGCCAACUCGUCGCGCAAAUCGAAACAGUCGUCGUCCAGCAAGUCGCGUCGCAAGCAAAAAGCCGAAGUCAUGGACUUGAAGGACAUGGUCGUGUGCAAGCGCAUGGCCAGCCUGAACGCGUCGGCGAUAUUAGCCGCGUCCUACUCGGACGAGCACAAGCACAAGAUAUGCGGCUCGACCAGCGAAUCGUCGACUAGCGGCGGCGAGUCCGACUGCGAGUUCGUCAAGCGCAAGCGCCAGAGCGACUCCGAGGUCGAGCGCAACAAGAAGCAGAAGCCGAGCGCCGGCGGCGGUGGCAGCAGCGACGUCGAGGACCUCGUCAAGCCCUCCAAGAAGGUCGUGAUCGUCAAUCAGGACACCGACGUCACUAUUACCGGUGUCUAUGUCAAUCAAACGAGAUCGACGCACCACGAGGGAUUCUGCAGUAUCGCCGGCAUGCAGUACAGAAUCAGCUCGACCAAUCACACGCAGACUACGGCCGUGGCCACCGAGCUUCACGAUCAGAAGGAGCAGCCGUGCAAGUCCUACACUCCGCUUGGCGCGCUCUCGUCGAUGCAGCCGCCAGGUGCGCAGGGCCAGCAUCCGAACAUGUCACCGAGGCGACACUCGGCUUUUUCAGCGCCGCAUCAGCAUGGAUACUAUCAGCCGGCUGGUCCGUUGAUACAGCAUCCACCACAGUUACCUCCUGUCAAAGGACCACCGCCCGACUCGACGCCGACGCCGCCUCAAAAUUCCGAGGGCUCGGACGAUCAUGUAGGGACAUCGACGACAUCCGGAGGUACUAGUAGUACCGGAAGCUUUUACCGCACAUACUGCCCACAGUAUUACAGUACACCGCCACAGUACCAAGAGCUCUGCUACCCGCCGUCGUAUCCUCCUCACACACAUCCUCAUCCUCCGCCUUACUACAAGUAUGCUCCGCCCUAUCGAAGGGGCUACUACGGCUAUCAGGAACCGGGAGCCGGGCCCGGCGGUCCAGGAGCCUCGGGCGCCGUCGAGUACCAGCCGCCGCCCGGCGAGUAUCUGUAUUACGGCGGAUAUCCACCACCGCCACCUCCGCCGCCACUGCCGAAUCCGGCUUACAUGCCAGGACGCCCGUUCGUUGACCAUACGUUCCAGGGCUGUCCUUGUCCCAUGCAGUCGUGUCCAAAAAACGCGGAUACUGGGCCCCUUAUUGGUAAUGGUAAGGGAGCGCCAGUAGCACAGCAGGGGCCCGGUCUGUCAUUGCCACCCAGCGCCUUGGUGGGGCCGCCAUCGCCGGCACGGGGUCUAGCCGGGCUAGCACCCCCUCACGGAGCCAACGCCUGGGACACGGACCGGCUUCAAAAGCAGCAUAACAGCGGAUCCGCUGGUAGCGGCAGCCACACUGCCACUGCCCGCAGCAGUAGCCAUCAGCAGCAACAGCAGCAGCAACAGCAACAGUUGCAGCUCCAGCUACAGCAGGAUCACCAACAACAGCAGCAGCAACAGCAACAAAAAUUGCAAUUAUUACAGCAGAAAAAGCAACAGCAGCACGUCUCCGCGGCGUCGUCUUUCUCGACCAUCGAUUAUUCCAAGUCCAUGACUACCACGACGACGUUGACGUCGACGAUAUCGGCAGCCGCCGCGACCGCUGCCACUUCGAGGACAGUCAAGACCGCCGAGUGCGAGGAAGGAAACACGUGCAAAGAGAGAGCACUACAGAAGCAGUGCAUCUGCAGUCUUCGUCAGUCGCCGUCGAAAAUGAAGCGGCACACGAUGAUCGACGAGAUGGGCAGCAGCCCUGGGUCGGUCGUCGGUAGCAGCGCGACUCGAAUCGCCUGCGAGGUGAAGAUCGAGCAGAGCGUCUCGCCAGCCAGCGACUCCGUGGGCAGCACGACCUGCGAGCCCGAGGCCUCGUCGACACCGAUGAAGCUUCAUCAUCAUCAACCACACAAUCAUCCCCAGCACCAUCAUCCGCAUCAUCAUCAUCAUCAUCACGGGCUGAACAUCGAAAACAACAACGUCAAGUGCGAGGCCUGCAGCAGUGGCAGCGUCAGUGACCAGACCGAACUAGAGAGCGAGAGUCAGCAUCAUCACCACGCGCAAACGCCGAUGGUGUGCAGAGUCAAAUGCGAGACGGGCUGCGGCGGCUGCGACAUACUCAAGUGCGAGCAGUGCAUCAAAGAGUCGGGCCAGCUAUCCAAUUCGGAAAUCGACAAAGACUCCGGUAUACUGGAGGACGACGCUGGCUGCGGCAAGAUGGAAAUCGACACCGAAGUCAAAGAGGAACUCAAUGCACUCACGGAUAGUGGCGAAUGGCAGAAGCCCGAUUACGAAGCCGAAGCAUCCGAUCUUGGACUAUCGAAAUCAGAGGAUACCAUGCAGCUCACAAGUAGCACGGAUAAUUCGUUUUCACAAAAUAAUGACUCAAUGGACAAAGAGUCGUUGAAGAAAAAAUCGGCCAAAAAAGUCGCGCAAAAACGUAAAAUUGAGAGCUCCAAUAAAUUCGAGGCUGCAGCCAAAAAAUUGAAAAUCAAAACGGCAUCAGAAAUAGAAAAAUGCGCAUCCUCUUAUGAGGAAACUAUCAAUUUUGUUGCUCAGCAGUGCUCUGUGAAAAAACCAAAAACUUCCAAAAAGACCCUCAAGAAUGCAGCAGCGAUCACGAAGUCUAAAAAGUUAACGAACGUCAAAACCGACGAUAAAAUCAAGCCUAAAGCCCAAAAAAAUUCUAAGAAAACAGCGGAGCCAAAAAAUGUCAAAAAUCAGCCUUCGGUAUCGAUAUCGAAACCGGUAGCUGUUUUAAAAUCAUUGGAAAUUAAGGUGAACAACGUUAAAGCCGUUGAUGCAAAAAUAAACGAUGGGAAAAAGCAAAAUUCCAUAAAUACUUCGAGUUCCGACUCCAAUCUACUGCCCAAUCCAAUUAAAUUGGUCAAGCUGAAGAACGGGUUAAAGAAAAGUACCGAAUCUCUGGUUGUUCCUGACAUAGCAGCUAAGAAAAACGCCAAAUGUAAAAGUAAAGUUCAAAAGAAAAACAGAAAGGAUAGCGAAGAGACGGCUGUUACUGCAAAGGAACAUUCAUCAGAAGUGGUGGAUUCCAAUAAAUCCCUUGAAUUACCCAGGAGGCUAUCUUUCAGGCCAAAAUGGAGCAACGGCUGGAGUUGGGAGGGCGAACCAUUCGAGGCAACUGUUGAUCUAACGAAUGAACAUUCUGUCACGAGAAUUUGUUACGCCAGAAUGAGGCAUCAAAGCGGAGAUGUGCUUCAACCGAAGGACUGCGUACUGCUCAAAAGUGGACCACGUAAAGCAGAUUUGCCAUACGUUGCAAAGAUUGCUGCACUUUGGGAAAAUCCAGAAGACGGUGAAAUGAUGUUCUCGUUAUUGUGGUACUACAGACCGGAGCAUACAGAACAAGGUCGCACAAAAUAUGAUUACGACGAAGAAGUUUUUGCUUCGAAGCACAGAGAUGUUAACAGUGUUGCUUGCAUUGAAGACAAAUGUUACGUACUCACUGAAACGGAGUAUGGCAGAUAUCGUAAGAAUUUGCGCAAAACUGAAGAAGGAAUCGAAGGUCCUUGCCUUACUUCAUUGGUCGUACCACCGAGCACUGAGGCUUACCCACGCGUGAGCCGCCAGCCGCCCAAUCCUGUUCCCCACGACUUGGUAUUAUUCUGCCGUAAUGUCUAUGAUUAUAGACUGAAAAAAAUAAUACGCGAACACAAAUACACAAGGAAUCACCACACAAAACGUCUGAGGCGGCGGACCAAAAGUGCAUCGCCUCACAGUGCGGCAGACUCGGCAGAAGCAAAAACACACAAAAAGAAAAAAAUUAAUGAAAGAUAAACGUAGAAAAAUCGGGCAGGGAUGGGUUAUAAGAGAAUAUUAUAUCCAUAUUUUUUGUGAAAUACUAUAUAAGUCGUAUGAGCAGUGUGAAUGUGUCUGAAGAAAAUGCGUGAAUAUUUUUUAAUUAUGCACAGUGUUUUUGCGUAGAUGAUGUUAAACAAUAAUUAACGUUUGCGAUGAUGAUUGAAACAAAAUAUGUAUAAAUAUGUAAACAUACAUAUUGUACAACUUAUACAUAUAUGUGCGUGUAUGUAAAUGUAGUCAUGGGGCAUUGACCACUUUAGCGAGAAUUCAUAUAUUAUAUCUUAUUAUUUUACUAUAUAAUUGAAUGAAUGAAAACAAUAUGAACAGAACGAUUACAAAGUAGAAUGUAUGCUGUAAGUGAACGAAAGUUAUUUUGCACUGUUGGUCUUAUUUGACGAUUAUGUAUUCUUUUUUAAACUUUUUUAUGGUACACUUUUCAUUUUAUUUUUAAAAUGAGAAAAGCUCACAAAAGUAUUAUUUUCUAAUCAUGGAUGAUCGGUUAAAUUUUGUUUUCUUUAAUUUUAAUAGAAAAAACUUAGUUAAACUUUGAGGAAUCUUUAUAAGUUGACAAGAGUAUUUUGAUAGUUGAUGCCCUAGAGUAUCUAUUUUAGCAUGAUUCUCAUAGAUUUUCAAUAUCAUGUUUUAGUAUAUUGACGUUGCAAAAUUUUUAUUCAAGAGCUUGUAAAUUAGCUACAGUAAAAUACUUGGUAAUCAAAAGUCAUGUGUAAUUUUAAAUGUUUUAAAUUUAUUUUGAAUCUUUUGAUCUUUAAAUAUAAUUGUUAUUAUUUAGUUUAAUUUUUUCCGAACAGAGUCAAGUAAUUCAAAAGUAAAAACAGUUAUGUUUUGCUUAAGAAUGAAAAGUCAAUUUAAAAUGUUUAAUGGCGGACUCUGUUAUGACUUCUAAGUUCAAAAGUUUGAUUUUGUUAUCAAAAUUUUACUUAUCAUUCAAAAUAAGAUCAGUCAAUCAAUAUAUUAAUACGUAAAUAAUCACGUGAUCAAAAAUAUAUUAACAUUUAAUGAAAAACUAUGCUUUGCUAUUGUAACAGUUAAAUAUUUGUUAUUUAUUACUUUAAAAGAUACGUUUACGCUACUUAAAUUAUAACUUGCAAAUGAAUAUUCGUACCGAGUGGUUAUGAAUUUUCGUAUGUUAACUGAAAUGUAAAUUCCUGAACAAAAUCAUGUUAAUUUAAAUUUUUUCUGUAAAAUAAAGACGACGCAUGUUUAUACAUCUAUUGGAGAAAAUCACGAAGAAAUUAUAUUAAUAUUACUAUCGGGGUAUUGUCUUAUUUCACUCGUAUAAUAUAGAACUUAAUUUCAUUUAUUUAUUAAUCGUGUCAUUUUUAAAAAGUGACGAGAAAGACUGUGUGGGUUCGAAGUGAAUAUCUGUAAAAAAUUGAAGCUAAAGAAAAUGAAAUAAAAGUACAGAGUUUCAAAAAGUAAAAAUCAAAGCUUGUUUUUCAACUUCAAAAUUUCAGUAUAUUGUGACUCAAAUGUUGGAUAUUUCUCUUACAUUAAUAAAGACCAAGUAGUUUUGUAGCUGAUUCCUUUUUGAUACUGGAAAACUCCAUGUAUAACAUAACUCUUAUAGUAAAAAGAUGUAUCAUAAGAAUUUGGCGCUAAACGGACUUUUUUACGAAAAAAGCGGCUCAGUUAUAACAAUUUUUGUCUCUUAACGUUGAUAUAAUCAAAUUUCACUCGCUAGCAACAGGUUACGAUGGGAACAGAGCACUUUUUAAAUGAACAAAAAUAUGCAUAUCGAAGAGUGUCAUUAUUUGCGUUAAAUUCGUGCAACUUUCAUUGUUUGACGCGUCAUGUACUGAAUGAAGAAUUUUUCUAUGCCAAGACUUUGAAUAUAAAAGAGGACCGGUAUAAUUCAAAAGCAAAAUGGAUUUUCAGAAAAAUUAUAGAUGUUUAUUCAUAUAAAGAACCAAAUAUUGUUAUAUAGAAAGUAGUUGUGAGUAUUAAACAUUGAUAUUACAAAAAAUGUAACGUAAUAUAACGAUACACUUUUAUCAGGUCCGAUAGUUCUGCGUAAAAUAUCGGAGACGUGGUACUUUUUUUUAAUGUUUACAAAGUAAACAACGAGAUAAACAAAACAGGCUGCCGACAAACAAAGGAAAAGUUCAUUAUAUGAAAAAUAGCACGAUGUAUAAAUUAAUAAUCAGAAAAAAUGACUUUGAAUAUGCCUUCAAGAAUCAUAAAAUAGAAAUGAAAACUUUUGAAUCCUGUAUAGUACAUUGAUGAAGUAUAUGUAUUUGCAUAUAGCUGCAGAUUCUCCGAUGAGAUGUAUACAAUUCAUAUAUUAAUUAUUAUGUAUUUGUUGUUACGAAAAAAAUUUGUUUGAUGUAUUUUUUUCUGUUUUGUAUAAAAUAGUGGUUAUUUUGAAGUUCUGUUGAUUGAGUUUAAUAAGUACUUCAAUUCAUUCAAUUAUUAAAUUAAUUAAACAUGAAAAUUUAAUCAAAAUUUUAGCUUGUACCGAAUAUAAAAAAGUUAAUACUUUUUUCUAAGAUAAUUUAGUAUUGAAGAUAUAAAUAAUCAAUAAAAAAAUAAUUAAUAUAUGAUCAUGUAUGAAAAUGAAAAACUGUAAAUAAAUAUAUGUGCGGUUGUGUUGGGAAAUAAAUCAUUGUUUUAAUUACGUAUUUGUGUUUUUUGUUUUUUUCUAAGUUUAUGUUGAAAGAGAAAAAAAUGAAAACAUCACAUUUAAAAUAUGAAAGACGAUUUAAAAAUGAAUCGUUGUUAAUUAAUUUUGUUUGUGAUACGAUAUGCAAUAUGAAUUGCGUUCCUAUCCAAAUGACUUUUUUCAAGAGUCAAACGAAACCUAAGCCACUGAAAAUAUCGCAUUAUUCCAUUGCACGUUGAGUAAGCUGAACAUUUUGCCCAUGAGUGAGCAUGUGAAUUAAAUUAAAGUCUAAAUGUAUAACGAGUAAAAAGAGAUAAUACAAUUAAAAGAGCAAAGAACUGUCGGACACGUUACGAAUACAGUGAAAUAAAAAAUUCAGAAUUGUUUCUACACGUGCAUUCAACGUAUAAGGGUAUAAUUGCGAGGAGAAAUAACAUAUGAAUUAUAAAUACGUAUAUAAAUAUUUACAUAUAUAUGUAUAUUUAUAUUUAUUUAAAUAAGUAGAGCAACAAAGUAUAUGAAUAAUAUAAAAAAGUAUAUAUAAAUUAUAUUGAACAAUUAUAUUUGGAAAAGUAUUGGAGGUAAAUGUUUUUCAAAGAUAUCUGAAUGUCGUUGAGUUUUUAAAACGCUUCGUCUUAAUUUUCUAAGAGCAAUCGGGGCAAACUUUGAAAUUGGAGCAAUACGCGUGAUAAAUCUAUUAUUUAAAAUGUACGUAUAUCGUUGAUGAUAAUUGUUGAAAAUAAAAUAAAUUUGAAUACGUAAAAAAAUAAAUAUCCAUGGAUAAUAUUAAAAGAAGAUGACAAUUAUAAUGAUGAAUACAAAAGUGCCACAAGCGUUCCUAGCAAUUUUUGCCCGAAUUCUCUACGCGAUUUUUACCCGUAGAUCUGAGUGUCAGUCUUACCCCCUUGCAUGUAUUGUCAUUGAAUUAUUUUGUGUAUGGGACACGAAAUGGUAGAAUGAAAUUCCGAUACGUGGUUAUGAUAAAAUGACAACUAAUGAGCAAAAAAAUUAUUCAGCUGAUGUGUGAGAGUUGUAGUCAACGAAAGACUUGCAACACUCGGUUGUCAGUCGUUGAACAAUAUUAAUUCAAGUCACGCGAAUAGACAUGAUUUUUUAUUUUUUUCAAAGUCUUCAAUAAAUUUAAAAUCUCGCGAAUUGAGAUCGCUUUUUUUAUCGUAAACUUAAAAAGCGAUGAUGAAUGACAUUAAGUGUACUUAAAACCUAUACCAAUAUUAUAAUAAAAAGAUAAAUAAACGAAAAUAGUUACAUAAAUGCAAAUAAUUAUGUGUUAUGUGACAUAUUUGGAACACUGAAGAGACAAAAGAUUAAUAAAGAAACAAAUGUGCUAGCAAGAUAGCUGUAGCGCGUUUUUGAACUAUUCGCAACAAUAUAAUAGUUGGUAAAAAGUCUUGCCGGAAUUUGUCGACCAUUUUAACGCGAACAAAAAUAAAAACAUAAACUGACGAAGCGGAAAACAAUAAGAGGGGUUGAUUUUUCCAACCAACGUUAAUGUAUUAAAAUAUAUAAGUAAUAUAUCAUUCUUAUUAUCAUUAUCGUGCCAGUGUGCAGAGUCGAGUGCGCGACGAAUUAAAAAGUGAAAAUGUCGAUCGAAGCCGCGUACGAUAUCAUUUUCGACAAUAAUAACGCAAAACAGUACUGAUCAAUUAAACGAAUUCGAUUCUUAUGCCGCAGCAAUGUCAGCUCAAUUAUUGUCUUCAAAUGAAUUCGUCGAUUAAACACUUUUAUCACUGUUGAAAUGCGAUCGUUACGCAAGCUCACGAUCGAAGGGAUUUUUUUUCGGUUUUUCGUUCGAUGCAUACACGAGAGGGUACGAUUUGCACCUGCUGAGUAUGUCGUGUCUGAAUAUUUUUCUCGUCUGUAUGUAUAGCUCUUUAUAUAACUAUUUAAAUGUGUGUGAAGCUUCGUAGUGAGUGCAAUCCAUGUUUUUCCGUAUAUUACGAUGCCGUGGAAAGAGAUGAACGCAUAAUUAGCAACAAACAGGCUGAAAUUAUAAUGGAAAAAAAUCAGAAAAAAUACAUAUAAACACACAAAAUCUAUCGAAUAUUUGUAAUAAAAAAUACGUAUAUAUAACUGCGAAUUCGCGUGGUGUUGUGUGUGUGUGCGUGUGUAUGUGUGUGUCUGUGUAUGUACUAGACGCCGGGGGAAAGUGCAAAAAAGACUCAUUCAUCCCCGGUCGUGGUCGUCAACGAGUGAGGAAAAAUCAAACGCAUUACUGAAAAUUCCACGUCUUUUCUCUGUGGUGUACAUUAAGUAAAUUAAGUCAAAACGAGCGGACAGCAACAAUAUAGUGAUGACAAGAAAAAAAAGAAAAUAAUAAUAAUAAUGACGAACUUUCGAAUGAAAAGAAAGUGGAAAAUAAUGAAAAAUUGUAUCAUUGUAAAAAAGAUGGAGAUGGCGACCGAAAAAAUGUUCAAUAAAUUAUUCGAUUGAGUUCG